CACAUUGAUAUUUCCCUCUCUCUCUCCCUUCUCCUUUGUCUAGAAAUAAAAUCUAAAAUAAAUAAAAUACUGAAGAGUGGAAGCAAGAAAAAAUUCCUAGUUCUAGAAAAGCCCAGCAUUGUUAACAUUGUAAAGUUUUCUGUUAAGGUUCAUGUUCAUGUGUUUUGAGUACAUUUUACCUUCUUUAAAUGUCUUCUGUUCAUGUAACCAUUUUGUCACCUGUGUAAUGGAGUGAAAAAAACUAUUUUAGUAUCAGAAUACUUAUUCAGAAGACAACUUGUUUGUUUAGGGAAAAGAAAAAAAGCUUAAAAACUGAGUGAGAAAGAUGACUUCUCAAAAGGAUCAGCAUGCAGAGGGUAUACCACAUGAUGAUUCUUCACUGAAGUCAGUCAGCAGAAACAACUUGGGCCAACAUAAGAAGUGUAAGCACAUCUCCCCAUGCCGCUUCACUAACCUCACCCCAGGCAGAGUGAUCUUGGAAAGAUUGGGAAGGCUAUGAGUUCCCUACUGUCGAUGUGAAGGGCAUUGAGUCAGUUUUAUUUGAGUCUUAAAGGAUAGGAUGAUUCUAGCUGAUACCUGGGUUACAUCACAUAAUAAAUAUACCCUUGGACAACAAAAUGUAUUGUAAUUCUUUUCUUCAAUAUAGAUUUAAUUAUACUGAAAGAGUGCAGCUUUUGGGAACAAAGGUAACUAAAUGGCCAUUAGGUACAAAUGAUAACCUUAGUUUGGAAACAGUUGUUAAAAUGGUAUUCUGAUUUUUUUCAUAAUACUCUGUGCUUUUGUUGCUUUGAGAAUUUCAAACCUUCAGAAGUAUGAGAGUACAAGGAGCCAACAUGACCAAUUUGUGGUCAAUAUUAUUUCAGCUGGACUCUAGCCACUUGCCCUCUGCUUUUACUUGGGAGCAUCUCAGACAUCAUAACCUUAAAUACCGAGUUUUGUAACUCUGUAAGAUAAGGACUUAGAAAAUAUAACUGCUAUACCAUAAUACCUAAACCAUCUCCCCCAGCAUUAUUAAGUAGUCUGUUCAAAUAUCCAAUUGUUUUGUAAUCCACCUCCCCCCACACAUUUUGUUUGGAUUAAGAUCUAAGUAAAGUUUGCACCUUAGUCACCAAUUUUUGACAUGUCUUAAUACUUUAAACUGGCUCCUUUUUUUUUUCACUUCUUUUUUCCCUCCUUGCAAAUUAUCUGAUGAAGAAACAGUUUGCCCUUUACACAUUUUCAUGGUGUAGAUUUUCUGAUUGUAUCCCCAAGGUGUAAUUCAACAUAUUUCUCCGUCUUCUGUAUUUCCUAUAAAUUGGUGGUUGGACUUGAAGCUUCGAUUGGGGUUUGAUUAUUUUAGAGAAGACUAAUUCAUAGAUUAUGUUGUUUGUCUUAUCAGUUAUUAUGUAAAAAAAUGCCCCUUAGCUCUGGCUGGGGUGGCUCAGUAUAUUGAGUGCCAGCUUGUGAACCAAAGGGUUCAAAGCUGAGAAAGGCAGAGAAACAGAUUCUUCCCCUAAUCCCUAGAAGGAACCAACUCUGCAGACACCGUGACUUUAGCCCAGGGAAACUGAUUGCAGAUCUCUGACCUCCAGAGCUGUAAGAAUGAAUGCAUUUGCCUUGUUUUAAGCCACUAUAUUUGUGGUUAUUUGUUCCAGUGGCAAUAGGAAACCCAUCUUUAGUCAAUGGGACUGUCUUCAAAUUGGUUACCUAAGAUAGGUGUUUCAGGCUCAUCAUGUACAUUUUCUGCCCCAGACCUAGAAUCAACAAUUUCUCCAGUCUUUGUUCCUUUUAGUGGGAAAUAGUAUUUCAAGACCACUAUGGGCUUUUCCUCUUUUGUUUCCCCUCACUUUUUAAACACAUUUCAAAAUUAUAGUAAAAAAAACAACAACAACAAAAAUUUACCAUGUUAACCAAUUUUAAUUGUGCAGUUUAGGAUAGUUCAGUGUCAUGCUAAUUAUAUUUAUGUUUCUAUGUAACAUCUCUAGAACAUUUUUUUAAAUCUUGCAAACCUGAAACUUAAUACCCAAGGAACAACUCCCCAUGUCUUCAGCCCCCAGGGUGUUUUUACCUUUAAAAAUUGGGAAAGUCGUACAGUUCUUUAGUGAAAACUUUUACCAACAUGUGCGUAUUUUCCUCUAAACUUGUGGAUUUUUAUGCCUCAACUUCACAUGCCAUUGUAAUCCCAGUGUCCUAUGAUUUCAAGUAGCCAAGAACAUAAAGGACCAACUGUUUUCUAGAACUGAAUAAGAGUUUUGAAAUGAAACAAAUGCCACACACGUGAUAGUGACCAUUUUAUUAAUACAGCUCAAAAUACUUCCUGUAGCUACAGUUUGCUUAAGGAAGUGCACUCAAGCCUGGUGGCAUCCCAGCCCCUGAAGCAGAACUACAGGUAGUGUCCAUGUUUUGGGGUCUCAGGUGUUUAGGGUCUCCUCCAGCCUGGCUCUGCCCCAUGGCUGAACCUGCUACUGAGCAGAAAUAGUUUGCAUGUUACUAUUCAGUUCAGAUCUAUACACAGUGCUCUGAGCCACGAGCAAUUGUUGUGUAAAGAACUUGUGUGGGAGAAGAGCUAUGCAGAUGGAAAGGGAUGCCAUCUGUUGGGAUCCUAAAGGAGACCUACUGGCUGGUUUUGUUAUUGUUGACUGGGAAAUACCAUGUUUUGUUUUUAAAGCUCUGUGCUCUCAUUUGCAUCAAGUGUUGGAAAAGAGUACAUUCUAAAUCAUUUUCUUCUCUGCCCUUACAGGAAGUGCUCAAAUACCACACACACACACACACACACACACACACACACACACACACGGACAAUAAAGAGGAACACAGUUGAAUUGGAACUAGGAAGUAAUGUGACUAAUAACUGAGUUCAAUUUUUUUUCUACUUACUGGAAAGGAAGAGGCUGAUGAUGAGCUACUGAUUCUCCUUGUAUUUGUGAAGUUUUAGAGAUAUUAAAUCAUGUUCCCACUUAUGCUCUUUUCCACCCUGUUUUCUUCCACAUUUACUGAACCCAGAGAGCAGCACUGGAUCUGCAACUCCUCUGAUGCGAGUGUUUGGUAUAGCUACUGCGAUAACAUGGAAUAUCCUAUUUCAUUAAUGCCUGAACCCUGUAUAACAUUGAAGGGAAGCAAUGGAUAUUUGCAUAUUUCCUUCAUUCCAAGAAGAGACAUUAAAAAGUUGUAUUUCAAUCUGUAUUUAUCUUUUAACACCUUGGAGUUCCCAACGCGCACAGAAGUUAUUUGCCGAGGAUCUGAUGAUGAAUAUUCAUUUUGCAGAGCUCUAAAAGGAGAGACUGUGAAUACAUCAGUGCCAUUCUCCUUCAAGGGGAUACUAUUCUCUAAGGGACGAUACAGAUUUGUUGUGGAAGCCAUCGCAGGGAAUACUGAAGAAAUGCUCUUUUGUUUGAAUUUUACCAUCAUACACUACCCUGAUAUCAAUUAGGAUAAAUCUAGUAUAUUUUUAUUAUUC